UUACAAGGUCCCCAUAAUAUGUACCCCCCGAAAGUUCAAGUUACAGGUCGCUCUUUAUUAUAUCUAUUUAACCAUGUGUUGAUAUAUUCAACUCUAAAUGAAGAGAUGCUUUAAAAUUUCCCUUGUUUUUGAAACUUUCCUACAAAAUGAUAUUUUGGUUAAGUGUUAUCUUUUGUUUUAUUACAUUUGCUUCCUCAACUCCACCUGAUGAUCCGGUCAAGUGUGAGUCCGGAAAUACAAUAUGCACGGUAACGAAUUCGUAUGGAGCAUUUCCCGACCGCUCUAUAUGCGAAGCUGCAAAGGUGGAAUACCCAAAAACCGAGGCUGAGCUUGUCUCUGUGGUGGCUGCAGCCACUAGAGCCGCCCAAAAAAUGCGGGCCGUGACUCGGUACUCUCACAGCAUUCCCAAGCUCGUGUGCACUGAUGGCAAAGACGGGAUUCUCAUAAGCACCAAAUUUCUUAACCACGUGGUCCGAACAGACCCGGAAGCCAAGACUUUGACGGUUGAGAGCGGCGUGACACUGAGGCAACUGAUAGAAGAAGCGGCCAAAAUGGACCUGGCUUUGCCAUACGCACCGUACUGGUGGGGACUAACGGUUGGAGGGAUGAUGGGCACGGGUGCUCACGGUAGCUCGCUGUGGGGUAAAGGAAGUUCGGUUCAUGAUUACGUGACCGAGAUAAGAAUGGUGAGUCCCGGUUCGGUUUCUGAAGGGUAUGUGAAGGUUCGGGUUCUAAGUGAGACUAUGAAUCCUGAAGAAUUCAACGCAGCCAAAGUUUCUUUAGGAGUUCUUGGUGUUAUAUCUCAGGUAACUUUCGAACUGCAACCAAUGUUCAAGAGAUCAUUAACGUAUGUUAUGAGAAGCGAUUCAGAUUUUGGAGAUCAAGCCGUGACAUUUGGGGAAGAGCACGAGUUUGCUGAUUUCUUAUGGUUACCGAGCCAAGGCAAAGUGGUGUAUCGAAUAGAUGACCGAGUUCCUUUGAACACUUCCGGCAAUGGCUUGUUCGAUUUUUUCCCAUUCCGUCCACAACUCUCUGCGGCGUUAGCCGUCGUCAGAUCAAUAGAGGAGAGCGAAGAGGCAUUCGCAGAUGUAAACAAUAAAUGUGUGAGAGGAGAGCAAAUAUCGUCAUUUUUGUUUUCAAUUGCUUAUGGUGUGUGUAACAAUGGCUUUUUAUUUACAGGCUACCCGGUUAUUGGAAGACAAGACCGUAUGAUGUCGUCCGGUGCGUGUUUAGACAGCCAUCAAGAUGGCCUGAUCACGGCUUGUCCGUGGGAUCCACGCAUAAACGGCGAGUUUUUUCACCAAACAACAUUCAGUGUCCCUCUCACACAUGUCAAAGAAUUCAUCAACAACAUCAAAGCCCUUGUGAAGAUCGAACCAAAAUCUCUAUGUGUCCUUGAAGACAGCAACGGUGUUCUAAUGCGCUAUGUCACAUCCUCUCCCGCUUUUCUUGGGAAAGAGGAGAAAGCUUUAGACUUCGACCUAACUUACUACCGAAGCAAAGAUGAUCCCUUGACUCCGCGUCUCUACGAGGAUUUCAUUGAAGAGAUCGAGCAAAUGGCGAUAUUUAAAUAUAACGCGUUGCCACAUUGGGGGAAGAAUAGGAACAUAGCGUUUGAUGGCGUGAUUAGAAAGUACAAGAACGCAAACGCCUUUUUGAAAGUAAAAGAAAGGUUCGAUCCUUCAGGGUUGUUUUCGACAGAAUGGACCGAUCAGAUUCUAGGUUUAAAAGGAAACGUCACAAUUGUGAAAGAAGGAUGUGCAUUAGAGGGACUGUGUAUUUGUUCGGAAGAUUCUCAUUGUGCACCGACUAAAGGUUAUUUAUGUCGACCAGGUAUCACAGUUUUGAUGGGAUGUCCGUAUUCUAUCGACAAGAAGCUUCCAGCUCCGCGAACACCAUCCGAAGGUUGUUGCACUCUUGUACGAACCAUUGGUAUGAAGUGUGUAUGCGAAGUCAUCACUAAGGGAAUGGAAGCCACCAUUGAUAUGCAAAAGCUAGUCAAUGUCGCUGCUGCUUGUGGUCGUCCCCUUGCUCCCGGUUCUCAAUGCGGAAGUUACCGAGUUCCUGGUGCAUGAUUGGGUUAAAAAAAUAAGUGCAUAAGUUGCAUGCAUGUUGUAAACUUAAAAGUUAAAACCGCUCCUAUUUUCUAAAAAGUAUUGUUUUUUUACUAAAAGCUUUUCUAAAAACUAUUGUUGGCGUUGCUUAGCCCAUCUUUAAAAAUAUGUUGCCAGAAACAUACCCCAUAUCAAAU